UCCUGGGCUCAAGCGAUCCUCCCGCCUUGACCUCCCAGAGUGCUAGGAUUAUAGGCGUGAGCCACCGUGGCUGGCCAAGAUGUACAUACACUCUUAAUUCAAGAAACAGCAGCGUUUUUGUGCUACUGAGCAAAACAUUACAAGACAAAUACUGUUGAGUUUGUGUUGGCUCUAUGCAACCCUCAUGGUGUCAGGAACAGAUCCAGCUACCAAAGAGCUGGAGCCACAGGUUCAUUUAACAGUGUACCAGGGAAGGGGGUUGAAGGGCUUAUUCCCAGAGGGCCUCUGAAAUGUAGGAAUUAUUGACAAGGACUUAUAAACCAUUUUUGCAGUUAGCUACAGGCCCAGGCUGUGGGUGGAUAGGGAUCAAGAUAGGAUAAAUAAUAUGAUCAGUAUUGUUCAGAUAAAUAUGUAAGCUAUUUUACUGGCACACUGCAUCUGGUGAUAUUAACAAGAUAAGCUGUAGGUAGGAUAAUUUCUCAUCAGAUCAGAGCGAUAUUUAUAGCCUGUUUCCUAUUAUAUAAUGAAAAGCUACUAAUGGAGUAGUAGACAAUGAUAUGGGUAAUUGCUUAAACAGCCUUAUCUGUCAUUUAAGUGAGUUCAAGAAUGACAGCUUUCUUUCAUGCAUAAAGUACUGGAUACAUUAAAAAAGAAAACACACAGAUAUGGCAUUAGGUUCUAGUCAUAUCCUAAAGAAAAACCACAGUGCAGUAUUUUAUUUAUAGUACAUUCUGUGUGUGAGUGACUAAGAGUGUGGUAGAGGUCAAGAAGGAGUUAUUUGUAAUAUACCUUAAAGAAAUCUAUCUUAAUUUGCCUUUCAAAUACAAAAUAAAUUCACCUCUUAAACUUUCAGUUCCCUUUCCCUUUCACUAAUUUUUGUUUUUUAAAGAAAAGGAGGUAGAAUAAAAUCUACAAGUCAUUAAAGUGGCCCUUACUGUUUUAACCUGUACCUUACUUCCUUUUCCACUAAUUUCUAAUAAGACUGUCCUCACUACCUUGUCCUCACUUAGAUACACUCAUCUUAUUUUUUCCUGAAAUGAUUGCAGACUCUCAGGUAUGCUAGGUUUGAGAAACCUUGGAUCACAACAAGUGGCUUUGGCUUGUUUAAAGUUCAAAAAUGGCAACAAGCAGGGCUUGCAACCCAUAUGGGAAUUUCCCAUAUGGGUUGCAAGCCAUAAAGGACAUUUUCACAGACCUGUGUUUGCUGAAUGAACAAAGCUAAAUUGAAUUCUUAGUUGCAACUAAACUAGAUGUUUAUAGAGUUUCCUGUUACAACUCUUGUCUCUUUUAUCUGGAAAUUUAAGAUCUUGACAACUUAGAUUCUGCUUUGCUUUUGUGUCCCAAGAGUUCUUUCCUUAAUACGUCUCAGUGGAAACUACAGACUCUUACAAAGGUAAAAUAUGUUCCUGGAACAACAUCCAAAGAUGGAUAUCUGAGAUUUACUCUCCCAAGACCAUGAUCCUAUUAAAGAAAGGAAAUGAGUGCAGCUGCCUUUCAGUAGUUCUUCACUCCACCUUACCAGGUUUUUCACUUGGAAGCUGUGCUGAGAGGGGCCAGAGGAGGGGGCUGGGAUUGUGAUGAAUCUUACUGGACCUCACAGCUGGAGCUCCCAGGAAUGCUCUCGGGUAUAAUAUUAAGCCCAAGCAAACCUCACUGAACUCUGAUAGCAACACAUUUCACUGGGCUACAUUAAUGCUUUAUGUGUACAAAUAAAUACUUGUGGUGUUUUUCACUAUGGCUAGCAACUGGUUUAAAUAAAGGCUCAGAAAAUAUACAACCUAGCCAAUCAGGCAGGGUAGAUUGUGCCUGUGCCUUUUGCUGUGAGACUGGCAUUGUGAGCAAUGUCUUCUGUUCCCCACCCCAGCCAGAGAGGGACAAGGUCACGUGGGUAUCUAGGAAUGUCCUAAAGGGAAACAUGGGUAAUUUAUAAGCUACUUCAACUUAUUUUUGGAAAUAUGUAAGGUAUGGAGCUGGGUUCCUGUGCCCUUCUCACCUUUCGCAAGGAUGCCCUUGCUCUUGCAGACCACAGAUUUCUGCAUGCAGACUCUCCACCUGCCUCCUACUGGGAGAAAAGGGUCUGAGAGUCUGUUUGGCAACGAACCAGAUAACCUUACACACAAACCCAUUCCUGGGAAAGUUAGGUUUCUUUCUGUUUCCAUUCAUAUACGUAAUCUUCUCUCCAAACAAACGUGACCUCACUACUCUAUGUACCGUUUUGAAGCCUGCUUUUAAAAUUUGGUAUCUUCCAUGUCUUUAACAAUUCUGAGGGGGAAGAGGGGAGAUUAGUAAUUGGAAUGCCUAUCAUUUAAAACUGGACUUCGCUAUUUUGCGUCUUAGAAAAUGCGGGGCUCGUUCCCCUCGUCCCCUCCCCACAUUCCGGCCCGCUCUCUCUCAGUGGCCCCCCGCCCUGAUGUGAUGCCACCGUGGGGAUUCGCGCGCCAGACGAGGAGCACCGGAGUUCUGCUCCCACGCGGCAGGGCAAAUCGCUCGCAGGUUGAUCUUUAAAAAAAGCAAAAAUGUAUCCAGUAAAGGGCUUUCAUGAAGAAAUUAAAGAGAGAAAUUCCAAGCAAUAGAGAAACCAGGCAUUUGUGUAUGAAGAAACCACCUAAAACAACUGUAUGGAGUAAGACAAAAGGAAUGAAGACACCUGGAAGAAAUUUUACUUAGUGUGAUAUUUUUGGCCACUUUUUCAUCAUAAAGUCUGCUAAGGAAGAGAGAAUAUAGUUUUCUAGAGAAUAUAAGUUUGUAGCAUGAAAAUGGAGACCACGGUUUCUGAAAUUCAAGUAGAAAACAAGGAUGAGAAAGGAUCAACAAAAGGUAUUCCUCAGGAUGAAAGACAGGAAGAAAAAGGUUCCAUGCUUUGCUUCAAGAGAAGAAAGAAGGCAGCCAAAGUGCUGAAGCCCAAAGCUAGCUCUGAAGCUGCUGAUGUGACAAGGAAGUGUUCCCCAGAAGCAGGAGCUUCUGAUCGGCCACAACCCCCAGGUGGGGCCUGGGCCUCAAUUAAACAUCUUGUAACACGCAGGAAAAGGUCAGAUUCUUCAAAGCGGCAAAAGCCAUUUGAGGCUGAAGUGCAACCUGAUAUAAAUGCUGAGGAUGCCGAUCUUUCUAAGAAGGCAAAAUCCAGACUUAAGAUUCCCUGCAUAAAAUUCUCAAGAGGGGCAAAAAGGAGUAAUCAUCCCAAAAUUAUAGAAGAUUCAGACUGCAGCAUCAAAGUCCAGGGAAAGCCUAAACAGGUGGAUGUACAAACUCAGACCCAAUUUAAUGAUCAGUUAACAAAGGAUCCAAGUGAAGGCAUCUCACAGAAAGAUGGUGAUGAGGUUUGUGAAUCGAAUGUGAGCAACAGCCUAACUUCUGGAGAGAAAGUGAUUUCAGUAGAACUUGGAUUAGAUAAUGGGCAUUCUACUAUUCAAACAGGAACUCUAAUCAUUGAAAAAGAAAUUGAAAUGAUUGAGGAAAAACAAGAAGUUCAAACCCAGCAAACAAGCCCGCUUGAAAGCUCAGUAACAGAUCAGCAGCAACCAGUGGCUUCUGAUGUUCCUCUUUCACCUGCAAUCCCAGAUCAACAAAUUCCGGAAGAAGCCAGUAACGAUAUCCUAGAAAGUGGACCAAAUUGGAAAGACUAUGAAAGUAGAGAGAUUGUAGCUGGAGAAAAUAAGCCAAAAGAUACUGAAUUGAGCCAGGAAUCCAAUUUCGAAGAAAAUGGGAUCAAUGCAGAGAAACCCAAAUCAGAAGAAAGCAAAAAAAUAGAGCCAAUUGCUAUUAUUAUUACAGACACUGAAAUCAGUGAAUUUGAUGUUAAGAAAUCUAAAAAUGUCCCUAAGCAAUUUUUAAUUUCAAUUGAAAAUGAGCAAGUAGGGGUUUUUGCUAAUGAUAGUGGUUUUGAGGGUAGAACUUCAGAACAAUAUGAAACACUCUUAAUAGAAACAGCCUCUUCUCUUGUCAAGAAUGCUAUCCAGUUGUCUAUAGAACAGCUGGUUAAUGAAAUGGCCUCUGAUGAUAAUAAAAUAAACAAUCUUCUACAGUGACUUAGAUCAUGAGAGAAAAAAAGGCUAAUGAUGAAUUAUUUUACACUUUUGUGGCAUUUCUUACUCAGUAACAAAUGACAGAGUUAUCUGUGGAUUUUUUUUUGAGACAGGGUCUUGCUUUGUUGCCCAGGCUACAGUACAGUGGCAUGGCCAUAGCUCACUG